AUGGCUUCCACGAAUAAUAUUAAAUUGACGAUAAUUAAUUUACCCAGAUUAGGAGCCAGAGUGCGACAUACUGCUGAUUUUAUGAAGUCGAUGUUCAAGUUAGAGCUUAUGACGAUCAUCACAACUAUUCUCGUCGCAAAAACGAGAGUUUCUGUUGAUGACGUGAAAGGAAUUUUUUGUUGUUGGGGGAUAGGAUGGAGGAGUUAUGAAAGGGCCGACAAUUCAAUGAGAAGUGUUUCUGUUGUGCCUUCAUUAAAUUUACAACACAUUAUAAAACACGGCACAGUUCGUCUUGUUAUACAAUUUAUUGAUGUUAAGUGUUAA